CCGAGAAGCGCAAUGAAAACCUCUGGGAAAGACAGAAAUUCAUCGUUUUAAGCCAUGAAUUAGCAUUUUCUUCACAGGAAUAACAGCAGAUAAAGAAGCGCUGGACUCGACAUGACGUGAAGCUCUUCGUAAAGUGUCUUUACAUUAAUAUUAUUAAGGGGUAUUUUUCAGAGGGAUAUGGCGGAGGGGGAGGAGGCGAUGAGCCAAGAGGACUGGAAGGAGAAGUGUGUGGUCCUGGAAGCGCUGCUCAUGAAGUUCAGAGUGCAGAUCAUCAAGAUCCGAGAGCUCACAGCAGACAAGAUUCAACAACUGGAGACGCAGGUGAUCGAUGCAGAGAAACGGGCGUUCACAGCUCAGCAGCAGGUGCAGUGGAUGGAGGAGAAGCUCAAAGCAGCAGAUGGUCAGUCUGGAGACUCAGAGGUGCGUCUGUUUCAGCGGUGCCAGGAGCUGCAGGCGUUAGUGCAGGAGAAGGAGGAUGUAAUCGCACAGCUGGAGCAGCAGCUGGAGGAGCAGAAACAGCUCCGCCUUCAAGAUGCCAAGACGGUGGAAGAGAAGGCAGCUAAGAUCAAAGAGUGGGUGAUGCUGAAGUUGUCAGAGUUUGAGGUAGAGAAUGCAGCAUUAAGAGAAACCAACAAACAACAGGAGGCUCAGAUUUUGGAGCUUCAAAAACAAAUACAAGCCUUUGAGCAGAAGUGCAAGGGUGGAGCUGGAGCCCUGUGUAGGCCAGGUGAAGCCCAGCGUCUUAGCAGCCUGACGUUCGGCUGCUUUCAGGUGAGAGGGAAGAACCCGCAGGUCCUGACUGGACCAGCGCCGUCCCAGAAGACCCUGAGCACGCAGGGGGAGACAGACGCCAGGGACAAAAUGGAUAAAAGUAGUAGGAAGACAGCCUCAUCAGUGACAGAUGGUGAAGUCCAUAAACCGAGCCAAACUGGACUGCUGUGUUCUCCGCUAGAGGAUGACGGUGCACCUGAAAGCUCUGUUAGCAAUGCAUCUGGACCCGAGUCCCGCCGCGUAUUGUCUGUGCUCUCCAGCGCUGCAUCAGUGGAGGAAGAAGUAUGUGAGAGCAGAAGCGGAGCGUGUGUUCUGGAGUUCAGCCGGCCCAGUAGUGAGACCUACCUGACAGCUUCGGACGACAGCAGCUCUCUGUUUGACGAUGACAUGCAGCGUACAGAGCGCCCCAGCUUUAGCCUGCUGGAGCCAUCAGAUGGAUCACUAGCAGGGUGUAAGAAUGAAGAGGAUGGACGCACGGUUAAGUUGGAGGAUUGCACCUCUGAGGAGCUCAACAAACGAUUCCAGUCACAGAGACUUGACUCCUCAUCAUCUUCCAGUGAACCUAACACUCCCAGCCCCAUCCUCACACCAGCUCUCACCCCUAAACGGCCCAACCCGCCCCAGGAUCCAAAAGACGACCCCGCCUCACCCAAACAUCCCCGUCUGAGGACUCCAAUGGGGUUCGGGUUGAUGAACGUGUCUCUGGCCAAGAAACACCUAAGCCAGCCGUCAAUCAGCAGUGAGGCAGCACAUGGCCAAACGCGUAAUGCACUCAGCAUGCUGCGCCCCCUCCACCCUCAGGAAACUGAUGUUGAUGCACAGCAGGAGGUUGGAAUGGAAACGGGCAAAGCCACAGUUCCCGAAAUCCUUCCCGGCUCACAAGCAGCAAGCACCGUGCCAUCCGCACCAUAUUCAUCAGAACCUGGGACAGAGAUGGGCUCAGAGAGGUCAGACUGUGAUAGCAUCACACCUGGCAGCAAACCUCCUACUCCACCUUUGCACAGGCUCCCCUCCUGGGAAAGUCGUAUAUAUGCUGUUGCUAAAUCAGGAAUCAGACUGUCUGACACUUCAUGCACAGACCUGUCUAACAAAGACCCAUCCCUUCAGUCUUCCUAUCCAGCCUUUGUAAUGUACACAUCACUCAUCUAUAAAAACAUGACUACACCAGUUUACACUACUCUGAAGGGGAAAGCUACUCUGCUGAGCAGCAGUCCCUUCUCAGAUGAGUCAUCAAGCUCUGAGGAGUCAUCUAGUUCAGGAGACGAGGACGGCUCCCUGUGCAGCUCCCACACCUCCUCCAGCUCCAGAAAAGACAGCAGCCCAGGCAGCCCACGCUCUCUCAAGAGAGCUGUGUCCGUGGCGUCGAUGACAUCAGAGUGUGACUAUGCCAUCCCUCCUGAUGCUUACUCCACUGACACGGAGUGCUCGGAACCGGAGCAGAAACUGCCCAAAACCUGCUGUUCACCCAGUGACAACGGCAAGAGUGAGCCAAUGGAGAAGUCCGGCUAUUUGCUGAAAAUGGUCAAAACCUGGAAGAAGACCUGGAAGAGACGCUGGUUUGUCCUCAAAGAUGGAGAGCUGCUCUACUAUAAGUCACCGAGCGAUGUGAUCAGGAAACCUCAGGGUCAGAUCAAGGUCAGCGCCACCAGCAGCAUCGCCCGUGGCGAGGGCAAGCAGAUUCUCCAGAUAGUAACAGGAAAGCGCGUUUACUACCUGAAGGCGGACUCUCCUAACCUGCUCGAGGAGUGGCUUCGGGUCCUGCAGAGCGUGCUGAGGCUGAAAGCCGCCAGUCCUCUCUUCACUCAGCCGGAUAUUCGCCCUGGCAUGAAGGGACUACUCAUCAAGGUGAAACACGGCUACUCUAAGCGGGUUUGGUGUGCUCUGAUCGGCAAAACGUUGUACUACUUUCGCAGCCAAGAGGACAAGUUCCCACUGGGUCAGAUUAAGCUGUGGGAGGCUCGGGUGGAGGAGGUGGACAGGUCAAGAGAUUCAGAUGACGACCUAAAGGCAUGCGGGCGAGGCCUACAGCCGGCACCCUUCACCAUUGCCAUUCACCCACAGGAGCAAGGACCCACUUACCUGCUUAUUGAAUCCCGCCAUGAAAAGGAGUCAUGGCUGUACCAUCUGUCUGUGGCAGCAGGCACUACGGUGGGCAAAGUUGGCACUGAAUUCGAACAACUGGUGGGAAAACUCUUCCAGCUGGAUGGAGAUCCAAACUCUCAGAUUUGGAGACAUCCCAUGUUGUGUUUCAGCAAAGAAGCCUUGUCAUUUCCUCUCACCACCCUGCCCUCACAAGCUCUGCAGACAGAGGCAGUGAAACUCUUCAAGACUUGUCAGCUCUUCAUUAACGUGGCCAUCGAUGCUCCGGCCAUCGACUACCACGUCUCCCUGGCCCAGAGUGCCCUGCAGGUGUGCCUGGCCCACCCCGAGCUUCAGAAUGAGUUUUUCUGCCAGCUCAUCAAGCAGACCCGCAAGAGGCAGCCACACGGCCAUCCGGGACCCCUGCAGGGCUGGCAGUUUCUAGCCUUGUGUGUGGGAUUGUUUCUGCCACAGCACCUUUUCCUCUGGCUGCUCCAGAUCCACCUCAAAAGACAUGCAGAUGCCAGGACAGAGGUGGGUAAGUAUACCGUCUACUGCCAGCGCUCCAUGGAGCGGACACAGCAGAAGGGCGAGAGACAGGCCAGGCCUUCCCGUAUGGAGAUUCUUUCGAUUCUUCUGAGGAAUCCCUAUCAUCACUCCCUGCCCUUCAGUGUGCCUGUGCACUUCCUCAACAAUACAUACCAGGUGGUGAGCUUUGACGCCUCGACAACGGUGGACGAGUUCCAGUGUCGUCUCAACCAGGACACCGGCAUGAGGAAAACGGGACUUUCUGGUUUCAGCUUGUACACCGAUGACCCCACUGGACGGUCGCUGGAACACUGUCUGCAAGGAGGCCUGAAGAUUUGCGACAUUAUCUCCAAAUGGGAGCAGGCCUCCAAGGAGCAUCACACCGGCAAGUCGGAAAACACCAGGACUGUCCGCCUCACCUACAAGAACAGACUUUACUUCUCUCUCCAAGUGAGGGGGGAGUCAGAGAGGGAGAGGUUACUGCUGGCAUAUCAGACCAAUGAAGCCAUCGUAGCCGGACACUUUCCUGUCAACAAGGAGCUGGCUCUGGAAAUGGCCGCACUGCUCGCACAGGUGGAAUUUGGAGAUUUUGAGCGUCCCUUCUCCACCUCUGGAUCGGCCCAGACUAAGUCUAAUCAGAACCUGAAGCAGGUGUUGGACAGAUUCUACCCCAAACAUUACCGCAGGAGCACAUCUGAGGAGCAGCUCAGACAACUGCUACAGCGUCUCUCUGCCCGCUGGGCUUCACUCAGGGGUCGAAGUUCACCAGAGUGCGUCAGGAUCUACCUGACCGUAGCCAGGAAGUGGCCGUUCUUUGGUGCCCGACUGUUUGAGGCAGAGUCCAUCACGCCCUCUCCGGAGCCCGGUGUUCGUGUUUGGCUGGCUGUACAUGAAGAUGGUAUCAGCGUUCUGGAGCACAACUCCAUCAAACUGCUGGUGUGCUACUCCUACAAGAACCUGAUGACAUUUGGAGGCUGCAAGCAGGACUUUAUGCUGGUGAUGGGUCAGAACGUCGGCACUAAUGCCAGCAAAGACAAACCUACAGAGAAACAUCUGUUUGCUAUGGACCCCUCCAAGAUCAGGGAGGUCACGCUCCUCAUUUUCAGUUACAUCAACAGCGCACAUCAGCAGAAGGCCGCCGCCCACCACCUCUCUGCUCCGGCCCUGAUGGUGGCCCAGCCCGUGAGCCUGAAGAGCAAAGAGUUGAGGAGCAAAUCCCCACCAGCUCUGGGACGCCCCAGCAAGGCCCCCACUCUGCUGUGAUGGCGCAAAGACGUACACCCUGGUCUUAAUUUACAUUAGAAACGUAGGAUCUUUUGCUGCAUGGUUUCAUCUGUGCACUUUAGCCCAGCUAAAUUCUAAUAAGUGGAACGGUUACCCCUUCGUGACGAGCCGGGCGCUAACAAAAACGUAUCUGUUGAGUGCAGUUUAAUAUCGCAGACCAGCUGAGGUAGCAGCAAUUUGCAGGUAUCACCAUGUAGCGCCUUGGUACCUUCCUCAGAGAACACUUGAUGAGAUCUGUGGCUCAAACUGGAGCUAAAGGCUUUAUACAAAGGUACAAUGGGGCCAAGAAGCACUAAGAGGCUUUGCUUAACAUUUUUUGUGUCCCUAAUGAUUGUGUUGCUUUCAUUUUGUCACUCCAAGGAGAAAAAUCAACAGUAUUUAUUGACAGACUGAGCAAAUGUUCUGAAACGUCUCUAUCAAUCAGUGUUACCUGGUACAUUUCUGUGUGUUCAGUUAAUUUUUGUAUUCCUGUCUUUAGAACGUAAUGCACAGUGCAGAGGAGGUAAUGAUCAAUUGUUAUUAAAAAAAAUCAUUUAAA